AUGUUAAUUAAAAACUUUAUAACAUUAGGUUUCACGUACGGCAAAGUUAAAACGAAAUUAUGGACUUGUAGAAGAAAUUUAUCAGUCAGCGGGAUUAAUUUAAAACCGAAAACCGCCAUUCUCAUGUUAAACAUGGGUGGACCUCAAGAAAUCGAUCACGUACAUGAUUAUUUAUUAAAAAUUAUGACAGACAGAGAUAUGAUACAACUUCCAUUUCAAACUUUUCUCGGGCCUUUUAUCGCUAAAAGGCGAACACCUGAUGUUCAAAAAAAAUAUUCAGAAAUCGGAGGAGGUUCUCCCAUUUUAAAAUGGACUCAACUUCAAGGGAAACUUUUAUGCCAAAAAUUAGAUGAAAUUUGUCCUUCGACUGCACCACACAAACCAUAUGUAGCAUUUCGUUAUGCGAAUCCACUGACGGAAAACACACUAGAAAAUAUUGAAAAUGAUGGAAUUAAGAGAGUGGUUAUAUUUUCGCAAUAUCCACAAUACAGUUGCUCUACAAGCGGUUCAAGUUUCAAUGCCAUUUACAGUUAUUUUAAAAAAAAAAAUAAAAUGCCAAAAGAUGUAGAAUGGAGCGUGAUCGAUAGAUGGUCUACCAAUUCAUUAUUAAUUAAAACUUUCGCUUCUAACAUUAAAGAAGAAUUAAAACAUUUUCCUGAAAAUAUUAGAAAUGAUGUUUUGAUUUUAUUUUCAGCACAUUCUUUACCUCUAAAGGUUGUAUCACGUGGAGAUUCAUAUCCAUCAGAAGUCGGAGCGACUGUUCAUCUAGUUAUGAAAGAAUUGAAUCACAGUAAUCCAUACAUAUUGGCAUGGCAAUCAAAAGUUGGUCCAGUUUCAUGGCUCGGUCCAUUCACGGAUGAAGCUAUAAAAGAUUAUGUGAAACAAGGUCAAAAAAAUUUUAUAUUGGUUCCUAUUGCGUUUGUCAACGAGCACAUUGAAACGUUACACGAAUUAGAUAUAGAAUAUUGUAAAGAAUUAAAAGAAGAGGUCGGAGUGGAAACGAUAAGAAGAGUUUCAGCUCCGAAUGAUCACCCUCUAUUUAUAAAUGCAUUAGUCGAUAUCGUAUCGAAUCAUUUGAAAAGCAAUCAAAAAAUAUCGCCAAAGUUUUUAACAACAUGUCCUCAUUGUGUUAAUCCGAAAUGCACUUCAUCUAAACAAUGGUAUGCACAAUUGUGUGCAUAA